UUUCAUUCUACACAUCAUUAUCAGAAAUUAAAUUAACAUUCCAAACUAUGCAUCAAUUUUUAACUAUUUUAAUUAUUUUCAAUGUAAUGUUGAUAUCCACGCUUCAGGCUCAACCUCAGCAUUCAUUUACUAGUUUGCGUGAAAAAUUGCUUUAUAAAGACAUGUGUGACGCAGUCGAUGAAAGUGACAUGAAAAUGAUGAAUGGACAAUGUAUUUUUGGCCAAAAUUUGAAAUUUAGUAUUCUUUGUGGAAAAAAUAUUUGUUAUCAGGGCCCUGAUGACGUCUGUAAUACGGUUAUUAAAUGUAAUUCAAAAUUACAAUGUGUCGAUCGCAAGUGUACCGGAUGUAUUACAUUAGAUUUGGGUUUUGGAAUGGUCGAAACAUGUUCGAUACCACGAAAAAAUAAUUUUUAAAUGAAGAAACGCGCUUAAACUAUUCCAAUUUUUCUUUUUUAAUUUAUUCCAA